CCCGCCCCCUCGGCGCGCCGCCCCCGGCCGGCGCGGUGCGGCCCGGCGCGGCCCGGCCCCGGCGCGGCCCGCGGGGGGGGACGUGCCCCAGCGCCGCGGCCGCCCCCUGCGCGCAGCCCGGCGGCGGCGCGGCUCGGCCCGGCCGCGGCGCUCUGCGGCUCCCGCCCAUGCGGCCGCCCGGCCCCGGCGCCCGCUGAGCCCCGGCGCCCGCCGAGCCCCGCCGCCAUGGGCGCCGCGGCGCUGCGCGCCCUGCCCUGGGCCCUGCUGCUGCUGGGGCCGCUGCUGCCCGGCCAGGGCUUGCAGGCCGACCCGGUGCCGGCCUCGGAGCCGCUGCAGCGCUUCCCGGGCGCCGAGCCGGGGGGCGUCACGGCCGCGCCGCCCGCCGCCGCCCAGGAGAUCGAGCCGCUGCACAGGCAGCCCGGCAACCACUCGGGCGAGGGCGCCGCCAAGCCCCGCAAAGCCUUCCCCGUGCUGGGCAUCGACUACGCGCACGUCCGCAUCCCCUUCGAGAUCUCCCUCUGGAUCCUGCUGGCCUGCCUCAUGAAGCUGGGUUUCCAUGUGAUUCCCUCAGUGUCCAGCAUCGUUCCCGAGAGCUGCCUGCUCAUCGUCGUGGGCCUUCUGGUCGGGGGGCUCAUCAAAGGGGUGGGGGAAGAGCCCCCCAUCCUCAGGUCGGAAAUCUUCUUCCUCUUCCUCCUGCCGCCCAUCAUCUUGGAUGCCGGCUAUUUCCUCCCCUUGCGCCAGUUCACGGAGAACCUGGGCACCAUCCUCAUCUUCGCCGUGGUGGGGACGCUCUGGAACGCCUUCUUCCUGGGCGGCCUCAUGUACGCCGUGUGCCAGAUCGGCGGCACCGGCCUCAACCACAUCGGCCUGCUGGCCAACCUGCUCUUCGGCAGCAUCAUCUCGGCCGUGGACCCCGUGGCCGUGCUGGCCGUCUUCGAGGAGAUCCACAUCAACGAGCUGCUGCACAUCCUGGUCUUCGGGGAGUCCCUGCUGAACGACGCCGUCACGGUCGUCCUCUACCACCUCUUUGAGGAGUUUGCCAACUUCGAACAAGUGACCAUUAUCGAUAUCAUCCUCGGCUUCCUCAGCUUCUUCGUGGUGUCGCUGGGCGGCGUCUUCGUGGGCGUCAUUUAUGGGGUGAUCGCUGCCUUCACGUCCCGCUUCACCUCCCACAUCCGAGUCAUCGAGCCCCUCUUCGUAUUCCUCUACAGCUACAUGGCCUAUCUCUCCGCUGAGCUCUUCCACCUCUCCGGCAUCAUGGCGCUCAUCGCCUCCGGCGUGGUCAUGCGGCCCUACGUGGAAGCCAACAUCUCCCACAAGUCCCACACCACCAUCAAAUAUUUCCUCAAGAUGUGGAGCAGCGUGAGCGAGACCCUCAUCUUCAUCUUCCUGGGUGUCUCCACUGUGGCUGGCCACCACUACUGGAACUGGACUUUUGUCAUCAGCACGCUGCUCUUCUGCCUCAUCGCGAGGGUUUUAGGUGUCCUGGGCCUCACCUGGUUCAUCAACAAGUUCCGAAUCGUGAAGCUGACGCCCAAGGACCAGUUCAUCAUCGCCUACGGGGGCCUGCGGGGAGCCAUUGCCUUCUCCCUCUGUUACCUCCUGGACUAUGAGCACUUCAACAUGAGGGACAUGUUCCUCACCGCCAUCAUCACUGUCAUCUUCUUCACCGUCUUCGUGCAGGGCAUGACCAUCCGGCCCUUGGUGGACCUGCUUGCGGUGAAGAAGAAGCAAGAGACAAAGCGCUCCAUCAACGAAGAGAUCCACACACAGUUCUUGGAUCACCUUCUGACCGGGAUCGAGGACAUCUGCGGCCACUACGGGCACCACCACUGGAAAGACAAGCUGAAUCGCUUCAACAAGAAGUACGUGAAGAAGUGCCUGAUUGCGGGGGAGCGGUCCAAGGAGCCCCAGCUCAUCGCUUUCUAUCACAAGAUGGAGAUGAAGCAGGCGAUCGAGCUGGUGGAGAGCGGGGGCUUAGGCAAGAUCCCCUCGGCCGUCUCCACCGUCUCCAUGCAGAACAUCCAGCCCAAGACCCUGCCGCUGGAGCGUGCCCUUCCAGCCCUCUCCAAGGACAAGGAGGAGGAGAUCCGGAAGAUCCUCCGCAACAACCUGCAGAAAACCAGGCAGAGGCUGCGGUCCUACAACCGGCACACGCUGGUGGCCGACCCCUACGAGGAAGCCUGGAACCAGAUGCUGCUGCGGAGGCAGAAGGCCCGGCAGUUGGAGCAGAAGAUGAACAACUACCUGACGGUGCCGGCUCACAAGCUCGACUCGCCCACGAUGUCCCGGGCUCGCAUAGGCUCAGACCCGCUGGCCUACGAGCCCAAGCCGGACUCGGAGAACCUGCCCAUCAUCACCAUCGACCCGGCCUCCCCGCAGUCGCCCGAGUCCGUGGAGCUGGCGAACGAGGAGCUCAAGGGCUCCAGCCACCUCUCGUCCUCGCCCGAGGAGGAUGAGGAGGGGCUGGUGAUGCGGGUGAAGGAGCCGUCGUCCCCAGGCACCGACGACGUCUUCACCCCGGGGACCAGCGACAGCCCCAGCAACCAGCGGAUGCUGCGAUGCCUGAGCGACCCGGGGCCGCGGCCGGAGCCGGAGGAGGAGGAGGGGGAGCCCUUCAUCCCCAAGGGGCAGUAGCGGCCGGCGCGCGGCGCCUCGCUCGCCUGCCUAUGGAUUCUCUCUUUCUUCAUUCGUUCUUCUGUCUUUCCCCCUCUUUUUGGUUCCUCCGUCACUACGCCCCGGGUUUGGGAAGGGGAGACCAUCCUGCCCGGACAGGGACUGCCAGGACAGCUCUGCCCGCGAGCCGCGAGCCGGCCCCGGAGCGGGCAGGGAGCCCGGGGACGCCCCGGGAGAGCCAGCGGCCUCGGCGGCUGCCCGGCAGCACCGCUUCGCCUCGCGUUCCCGCCGCCUCCUCCCGGAGCAGGGCGCGCGGAGCCGGGAGCCGGCUCUGCUCUGGCAUCCGGCACGGACCGCUUCCGCCCGGCAUCCUGCCGGGGACCCCGGGCUGGCGCCUCGGCCGGUCCCCCGGCCCGCGACCAUCUCCCCCGGCCCGCGACCGUCUCCUCCAGCACUGCAUUUCACGCCGGGUCUUGUCCAAUAAGUAUCCUAUAGCCAUGCAAGGGGGCCGCAGGUGCCCCCGCGCUUCGAGCGGUCCCUCCGGACCGCUGUCCCUCCCGGAGCGCCCGGCCCGCGGGGACCCUGCUGGGGGGGCUCGGCCCCCCCGGGGGUGCCGAAAGCCCUGGGUGCUCCUCAACCAAAGACCGCCGCCGAGUUCGACGGGCGCGGGGCCGUGGCGUGCACACGAUUGUAUUUCAGUUUUUUACGCCGUGUGUUUUUUUUCUUCCCCAUCACCUAAAGAAGCUCGGGAAGGGUCCCCUGGGGGGGGGCGGCGGGGGCUGCCGCGGUGGAAGGAGCCCCGCGGCUCGGCCGGGGGGCAGCGCUGGGCGUUGAGGUGCCUUGCAGCCCCCCCGGCGCACGCGUUGGGGGGGUCCUGGCUUCUGCAUGGCCCCCGCGCCGUGCCUUGCCCCGGGGCGCGCGCCUGCCCCGCUGUCCGUGUGCGUCCGCUCUGUCGCCAGGAGGAAAAAAAAGAAAGAAAAAAAAGCAAUGAAAAUCCUCUCUUGUAUAAAAAAGGAAAAAAACACAUGUAAAGAGAAUCUUGGUUUUUUCAUGAAUAUUCUAAUAAAUUAAUGUUAAUUUUUA